GCUCAACCAGUCAACAGCUUGGUCAACUUCUUCUUCACGUCUCACCACUCACCAUCAUAUCAUCAUCAGCAAUCUAAUCUAAACUUAUCUUCAUCUUCAUAGCAUCAAAAUGACAUCAGUAGUUGGUAUCGAUCUAGGAAACGAAAAAUCUAAAGUCGGUUUAGCAAGAAAUCGUGGAAUUGAUAUCAUUUGUAAUGAAGUUAGUAAUCGAACCACUCCAUCUCUAGUAGCGUUUGGUGCAAGGAAUCGAUCCAUUGGUGAAUCGGCUAAAACUCAAGAAACUUCCAAUUUUAAAAAUACCAUUGGUUCUUUAAAACGUUUGAUCGGUAGAACUUCUCAAGAUCCCGAUGUUACUCAAAUCGAAUCCAAGUUUUUAAAUUCAACUUUGAUCGAUUUGAAUGGUACUUUGGGUGUCAAGGUUGAUUAUUUGGGCCAAGACGAAACUUUCACCAUCACUCAACUUUAUGCUGCUUAUCUUGGCAAACUAAGAGAUAUUGCUCAAGCUGAAUUGAAAAACACAGUCAAUGAUGUGGUGAUCGCAGUUCCAGGAUGGUACACUGAUAUCCAACGAAGAGCAGUCCUAGAUGCCGCUGAAAUCGCAAACUUACAUCCACUUCGACUCAUCAAUGAACUUACUGCCACUGCUCUUGGUUACGGAAUCACGAAGACCGAUCUACCUCCUCUUGAAGAAACGCCUCGUUAUGUUGCUUUUGUUGAUAUUGGUCACUCUCAAUAUCAAGUUGCUAUUGUAGCUUUCAACAAAGCUACUCUCACUGUUAAAGGUUUUGCUUACGAUCAUCAUUUCGGUGGUCGAAACUUGGAUUACGCUCUCCUUCAACAUUUUGCUACUGAGUUUAAAGAAAAAUACAAGAUUGAUGUAUUGAGUAACAAGAAGGCCGUCUUCAGAUUGGCUGCAGCCGUUGAGAAGUUGAAAUGUGUGUUAUCUGCAAAUGCUCAAGCUCCAUUGAAUGUAGAAUCGAUCAUGAAUGAUAUCGAUGCAAGUUCAUCCAUGACACGUGAAACUUUGGAAGAAUUGAUUGCACCUUUAUUAGAGAAAACUACUCAACCACUCGAAAGGGCUCUUGCUCAAGCUGGAAUUCCAAAAGAUGCGAUCGAGACCGUCGAAUUGGUUGGAGGAUCGACUCGAGUACCUGCUUUGAAAUCUCGAAUUCAAGAGUUCUUUGGUAAACCACUCAGCUUCACUUGUAAUCAAGAUGAAGCAGUUGCACGUGGUGCUACAUUAGCUUGUGCUGGUCUUUCACCUAUCUUCAAGGUUCGAGAAUUCUCUGUUAACGAUAUUGCUAAUUACUCGAUUCGGACCGAAUGGCAACCUACACCAGAUGAUCAACAAACUUCGCUUGAUACCUUUACACCCGAAUCUCUAGUCCCAUCUGGUAAACUACUCAGCUUCCACCGAUCAGAGCCAUUUGAAUUAGUGGUAUCUUACUCUGAACCAAGUCAAUUGCCCGGUGGUAUCAAUCCUAUCAUUGGUCGUUAUGUGAUCAACCAAGUCUCUCCUAGUGCGAAAGGUGGUCCAACUUUGGUGAAAGUCAAAGCUAAACUUAAUGCUAGUGGUCUGACUGUCUUUGAAGGAGCUACUGCUCAUGAAGAAGUCGCAGGAGAAGAAGAAAAGGAAGAAGAGGGUGGCAAGAAGAAGAUGACGAAGAAAGAAUUGACCUCUACUUUCUUGACUUCUUCUCUCAGUAAAGAAAUCUUGGACAGCUUCUUGGCAAAGGAAGGUGAAAUGUAUGCUGGUGAUAAGUUAGUGGCUGAGACUGAAGAUCGUAAGAACGCUUUAGAAGAAUAUGUUUAUGAUACCCGUGAGAAACUCGAUGGAGCUUGGGCUUCGUAUGUUUCUUCAGAAGUUAAAGAGAAACUCAAGGUAGCUUUACAAUCAGCUGAAGAUUGGUUAUACACAGAAGAAGGAGAAGAUGCAAGUAAAUCACAAUACGUGACUCGUCUAGCCGAAUUAACCGAUAUUGGAGAUCCCAUCAAGUUUCGUCAAAGAGAAGCAGAAGAUCGACCUAGAGCCGAAAGAGCACUUAGAGAAUCGAUUGGAGAUUAUAUGCAACGAAUCCAAUCGGGUGAUGCUAAAUAUUCACAUUUGACUGAAAGUGAUCUUCAAACUGUUGUAGAGAAAUGUGCAAGUGCUGAGAAAUGGAUUGGUGAUAGUAUUGCUAAACAAGCUGAGAAGUCUAAGGAUGAGAUUCCAGCUGUGACUUCGAAUGAUAUUUGGAAACGAAAGGAAAGUUUAGUGUAUGAUUGCAUGUCUAUUUUUAAUAAACCGGCACCUAAAGCUUCAGUACCUACACCUCAAACCCAUGAAAAGUCUGAAGAAAGCACUGAACCGGUCACAGAAGAAGGUAAAGUAGUAGAAGAAGUAGAUGGAACUAAUGUAACAGAAGGAUCAGGUGAAGCUAAUGGAACUGGAUCAAUGGAUGUGGAUUAAAAUUGAAAACCCUCUUUGUUUUGUUUCACUAUUUUUUUUUCUUUUUUUCAAUGAUUGUCUGUUUUUUUUUCUAUUAUUUUAGUAAGGAGGGAUUUUUCACCAUCAAAAAAGAAGAAGAGAAGAAUAUGAAGAAUGAAUGAAUGAAGAAAAGAAAAGAUUAAAAUGAAUUUUUGGAAACUUUUGUUUUUAAGUAUAUAUAUAUAUAUCAUAGAGAUUUUAUAUGAAUCAAACACAAUAUAUAUCUAUAUAUAUCCCAAGAAAAAAAACUAUCUUUACUUCUUUUUUCCACAAGAAAAAGGUUCUCUUUUUUGGUUUCUUUGGCGGAAAUAUAUUGAAGCAUGAUACCAUUUUUAUAUAAUUGAUUUUUUUCCCCUUC